AGUUUUUCUCUGGAUUUUAGAGAGAGAAACACGCGCAAACAUAGAGAGAGAGAUAAGUGAAUUCGAAGAGACUCAUUGAACUUCAAGAUUACUUCUUUGUGAACGGAAGGAGCGACAAUGGCGCUUAAUCGCCAUGGCGGAUCGUGCAGCCCCGAUUUGUUGAAGACGAUUUUAUGCAUAUUGGCGCUGUGCUUGAGCGGCUACAUACUAGGGCCUCCUCUGUACUGGCAUACUAUGGAAGGACUAGCUGCAAUCAACCGUCCUUCUUCCUACCUCUCUUGCCUUCCUUGCAAUUGUGAUUGUUCUUCGGAGCCAAUACUCUCGAUCCCGCUAGGACUGAUCAACACGUCUUUUACAGAUUGUGCUAAGCGUGAUCCUGAAGAUACUGAGGAUAGUGAGAGGAACCUUUCUGAGUUAUUUUCUGAGGAGCUGAAAUUAAAAGAAGCUGAAGCUUUGGAAAGUCAGAGACGGGCAGAUAUGGCUUUACUUGAGACAAAAAAGGUAUCAUCUCAGUAUCAGAAAGAAGCAGAUAAAUGCAAUUCAGGAAUGGAAACUUGUGAAGAGGCUAGGGAGAAGGCUGAAGCAGUAUUGUUAGGUCAGAAGAAGUUGAGUGCAAUGUGGGAGCUGAGAGCUCGACAGAAGGGAUGGAAAGCCUGAACCCAAACCAAACCCAACCCAACCUAACCUCAAUCAUAUCUUCUCUAAUUUGUAUUAUGGUUUCUAUUUGAUUAUUAUAUUGAAGCAGUGAGUUGAUCUGGGUUAAUUUUUGUCCCUGUUCCUAAGUGUUUAUUUAAUAUAUUAGUUCCACUUGAGCACAUUUUGAUGAUGUCAAUUUUAUUAAAGUUUCAAUUUUACAUAUUAAGGAGGCUAUUAUAUUUCUGA